AUGGCUUUUGGUGUUUCAUCCUUGUGGUUGGCUCCCGAAGUCAACCCGGUCAAUUUCAAAGCACGAACAAUUCCUAUGUUGAACCCGAUCAACAAGUAUGGACGUGUAUAUUUCUUCUCCUGGUUUGGAUUCAUGAUAGCCUUUCUGGCUUGGUAUAGCUUCCCGCCUCUUCUCUCUGAUGCUAUCAAGCAUGAUUUGAAGUUAACUCAAAACGAAAUCGCCAACUCCAACAUCAUUGCACUUACCGCCACUCUUCUUGUUAGACUUGUUGCCGGUCCAGCUUGCGACGCUUUCGGCCCCCGAAAGACAUUUGCAGCAUGUCUCCUUAUUGGUGCUAUUCCUAGUGUGCUCGCUGGUACGAUUCAUAAUGCUAUGGGACUUUAUUUCAUUCGAUUCUUUGUUGGAAUCCUAGGUGGUUCAUUCGUUCCAUGCCAAGUAUGGUCCACAGGGUUCUUCGACAAGAACAUUGUUGGUACAGCGAACUCUUUCACAGCAGGUCUUGGAAACGCUGGUGGCGGUAUCACUUACUUCGUUAUGCCUGCUGUCUAUGACUCGCUACGUCGCCAACAACAUCUGACUGAGCAUGUCGCGUGGAGAGUCUCCUAUGUUGUUCCAUUCAUCAUGAUCACAGCAGUCGCCAUCGCCCUAUUUCUCCUCUGUGAAGAUACACCAACUGGAAAAUGGUCCGACAGACACUUAGCUAUCCAACAAAACCUCCAAUCCCACGGUGUCCGCGCCGAAGGACUCGUUGACGUUCCUGGCUCCAUCACCGAUAAACACCCCACCGGCGAAUCACCAAACCCAAGCACCGAAAAGCAACUUGACGAGGAAGCCGACCUCGCCAAAGCCAAACACGGCUCCUUCGAUCACGAAGCCAACAUGGGCGAGCAAGAAAUGCUCGAUGCCGCCCGCGGCGAAGUCGUCCAAAAACCCACCUUCAAAGAAGCCAUGUCCGUGAUCUUCACGCCCCAAACCCUCGUCGUGGCCGGCUGCUACUUCUGUUCCUUCGGCGCCGAACUCGCCAUAAACUCCAUCCUCGGAGCCUACUACCUCAAACAAUUCCCUAAACUAGGCCAAACCGGCACCGGAAACUGGGCCGCCAUGUUCGGCCUCCUCAACGUCGUCUUCCGUCCCCUCGGCGGCAUCGCUUCUGAUUACUUAUACCGCCGCACCAGAACCGUGUGGUCGAAGAAGAUCCUCCUUCACGCCCUCGCUAUCAUGACGGGAGUCUUCCAAAUCAUCAUCGGCAUCACCAACUCCCACAACCAAUCCACUAUGUUCGGACUAAUCGCCGGCAUGGCAUUCUUCCUUGAAGCUGGAAACGGCGCGAAUUUCUCCCUCGUACCGCAUAUUCAUCCCUUUGCCAAUGGCAUUAUAAGUGGUGUUACCGGUGCGUGUGGAAACUUAGGUGGUAUCGUGUUUGCGGUUAUUUUCAGGUAUAAUAUGAAGGAUUAUGGGAAGAGUGUGUGGAUUAUUGGCGUUAUGACUAUCGCGAUCAAUUUGGCGAUUUGUUGGAUUAAACCGAUUCCUAAGGGGCAGAUUGGGGGCAGAUAA